UGUUUUCGUGUUAGAAUAAUUGUUUGAGCAAUUAUUCUUCUAAGUAGAAAGAAAGCUGUAAAUCCUGUGUAAAAGUUAUCUGAAUGAACCGCAUAUGCUGUACACAUUUGUCGCUUUAUUUUGAUUACAAAACAAGAAAUGUGUAACUUUCUCUUGUAACACUUUCAGACAGCAAAAAAAUGAUAUGAAAAGGGGAAAAGUUUUGUUUGAAGUCACGCCAGAGGCUGAAGAAACAUAUCAUGGGGAUGACGAGAGAAAGCUCUGAUGUUCAAAAAAGACACCUGGACGCCAUUCAUAACGAACUGAUGUACAUCUUGCGAAGUGACUGACGUCGCUGAGGAACCUACGUGUACACACCCUCUUCUUAAACUCGGCAUCUCUGCUGCCUUUAAAGUCCGCGACAGCCUGAUCAAACGCAGGGACGGGUUCAAGUAAGGCACGUUUCUAUCACACCGUACAAAGGUCUUUAGCUCCCCAAUGGACAGUACCGGUGGUAUCCUCAGGCUCAUGCACACCCUGCUGGUCAUGGGAACGAUGUGUGUCCGGCCACACUUGUGUCAUGGUCUGAUCGACCCCCUGGCUCUGGGGCGGGCUGACCCCCAGUGUUGGGAGUCGUCCUCAGCCCUCCUGCUAGAGAUGAGGAAACCGCGUAUCUCAGACACAGUCCCAGAUUUCUGGGACUUCAUGAUUUACCUCAAGUCCUCGGACAACCUGAAGCACGGAGCUCUGUUCUGGGACCUGGCCCAAGUCUUCUGGGAUAUCUAUGUGGACUGUGUCCUCUCCAGGACCCAUGGCCUGGGUCGCAGGCAUCUCUCUGAGGGGAAACAGGAAAUAACAGCCCUCCACUCUCUGGUGACAGACAAAUCAUAUAUCCGGAGCCUGCGGAGUAACUUCUCCAAAGAAAAAGAAUAUACCCAAGACUUGAUAGGAAUCCAGGUGCACAGGAUUGGACCUGGAACCCUGGGCCGGAUAACAAGGGCUGUGGGCAUAAAAAGGAGCUCCAGCAUGUAGCCCCUUUGAGACGUCAAGGGGGCCGUAACUCCUUUUGGACCUUUUCUGUCUUUAAUGAAAGCGUCGGAACUUCAUCUUUUUUAAUCUCGGAAGUCAAGACGUCCAUCCAGUUAUUUCCUUGUGUUCCUUUCAUGUGGCAGGCAUGAAGCUGAAUGUAAUUAAAGGAAAUUAAACAGA